AUGGAAUGUGACUACAACAUGCACAAGUCGAACAGCACUUUUUUUUCCGAUCUGGAUGUUAAUCGAGCACAAUUGCUCUUGAGCCUUUUCCCACGUCUGCCACGCUGGGCACCUACAACCGAUUCAGCCACUGAUGCCGGGAAGACGAAGAAGCGAGAGAACACCGUGAGUAUCGCGCUGGGUGGAACAUCGUGUAUUUUCAAGCGCGAGAUCAAACCCUUGCAGCGAUAUGAGGUUUGGUCGCGUGUGUUGUCGUGGGAUGCAAAGUGGUUGGUGAUGGUGAGCUAUUUCGUCAGGGCGGGAACACACCAGAGCGUGAUGAGAGACUUGCAAAAGCGGGAGCAGGCUAAGGAGGGAUUGGACCCACAGAAAGCUAUUCUGGCUGUCGCAGUGACUCGAUAUGUGUUUAAAGAUGGACGUCGAACGGCGCCACCGGAGGAGGUUCUGCAGUGCGUGGGUCUGUACCCAUCCGCCCCUGCAGAGGCAGAUCCGCGGGAUAUUUACGACAACUUGAGAAAGCCAGGGUCGGAAUUGCUAGGGUUCUUUGGUUCUUUGGAUUCGCUGAUGUCAAAUUUUGGUGAUGCGAGUUCAUCAAUUCUGGGAAAUUACAGUGAUUUGUAG